UAAAUAGAUAGUUUAAUUAGUACGGUAAGGUACGAUGUAUUGGGGUGGAGCAUACGAAGAAAAGUGGAGAAAAGGGCCAUGGACUACCGAAGAAGACCGUUUGCUCGUUCAUCAUGUCAACUUGCAUGGUGAAGGCCGAUGGAAUUCUGUCGCUACGCUUUCUGGUCUGAAAAGAAAUGGGAAAAGUUGUAGACUCAGAUGGGUGAACUACUUGAGACCAGACCUUAAGAGAGGUAGAAUUACCCCUUAUGAAGAAGCCAUCAUUCUUGAUCUACAUGCUCGAUGGGGAAAUCGAUGGUCAACAAUUGCAAGAAGCUUGCCCGGAAGGACAGAUAACGAGAUCAAGAACUAUUGGCGAACCCAUUUUAAGAAAAAGAGUAAGGUGAUGGACGAAUCAACCAAGCUUAAAACACGCCUGUUAAAAAGACAAAAGUUUCAACAAGAACAACGACAACUGCAGUUGCAACAACUUCAUAUGCAACAAAAUGAAGUUGAUGUAGAAAAGAUAAUAUCUUUGCUCCAAGAAAGUGAGAACAAAGUCGGAUACAUGUCUACAACAAUGAUUGUGAGGCAGGAAGGCAAAGUUUACGAUGAACAACAAACUAGCCUAUUGUUCAAUGGUGGCGGUUGUUAUGUACCGGAGACCCCUAUGAACGACGACAUUGGUCUAUGGGAUGGCUUGUGGAACAUGGAUGAUAUUCAUGCUCCUGACUUGUGUGCUGCCAAAGCUAGCUAGCUACCAAGUCAAGCAUGUUGUCACUCUUUCUUAGUUUUGUAUGUUGUGUGUACUUGUGGCUAAGUAGCCACGUUUCUGUAUCGAUCAUUUUGAUCAUAAUGCUAAGCUUAAAAAUAAAUAUUAAAAAGGAUUAUAACCA